AGUUAGAGCUCUCCAAUUCUCACAUCUAGCUCUACACUCUAAAGAAUCAUGGUUGCUUCUUUUAGCUCCUGUUCACCCCUACCGGCUCUAGUCAUAGUCUUCUCUAUUUACCUUUACACAUUUGCCCUAGUUGAAGCUGGUGAUAAUGGUGGGUUCAGUGUCGAUAUUAUCCACCGGGAUUCAUUUCUCUCUCCAUCUUAUGACCCAUCGGUGACUCAUUUUGAGCGUCUACAGAAUGCGUUCCGUCGAUCAAUAUCUCGGGUCAAUAAUUUCAAACAAUCUGUUAUCUCCCAAUUUGAAGUUUCAACACAGGUUUUCCCUAAUGGUGGUUCAUAUCUCAUGAAAAUAUCAUUUGGUACUCCACCAGUAGAGACCCUCGCAAUUGUUGAUACAGGUAGUGAUCUUAUUUGGAUUCAAUGCAAGCCUUGUGAACAAUGUUACAAGCAAAAAGAUCCUCUAUUUGAUCCUAACAACUCAUCAACCUAUCUAAACCUAUCAUGCAAAUCAAAACAAUGUGAUCUGCUAGGUAGUGGAGGUGAUUGUUCAGCUAAAAGUAAUGCUUGUGAGUACUCUUAUGCUUAUGGGGACACAUCAUUCACUAAUGGCCUUCUUGCAACUGAGACAUUCACAUUGGGUUCCACUAGUGGCAGAUCAGUCCCCUUACCAAACAAAAUCUUUGGUUGUGGACACAAAAACUUGGGGAUCUUCACUGAGAGAGAAAAUGGUAUAGUUGGCCUGGGAGGGGGUCCUCUAUCAUUGAUUUCGCAACUGAAAUCAUCUAUUGGUGGCAAGUUCUCUUACUGUUUGGUUCCUUUAGAGAACGAAAAUGCGACGAGCAAAUUGAAUUUUGGUAGUGAAGCUGUUGUUUCGGGUGAUGAUGUCGUCUCGACUCCUUUAGUAUCAAAGGAUCCUCUUACAUUCUAUUAUUUGACCCUUGAAGGAAUUAGUAUCGGAAACAAGAGAUUGGCAUACAAGAAUUCAUCGACGGUUGGUGCCGAUGAGGGAAACAUAUUCCUCGAUUCCGGUUCAACAUUGACAACACUCCCAAUUGAUUUGUACGAUAAUCUUGAAUCAGAAGUGAAGAAAUUGAUUGAUGGUGAAAGUGUUCGAGACCCUAUAGGGUUAUUAAGUUUAUGCUACAAAGCUGAUACUGAUGUCAAUGUUUCAAUCACUGCCCAUUUUUCUGGUGGUGCUGAUCUGAAGUUGAAACAGCUGAAUACUUUUGUUAAGAUGUCUGAAGAACUUGUAUGCUUUGCCUUUAUCCCUCAAGAUGGUGUGAGUGUAUUUGGGAAUAUAGCUCAAAUGGAUUUCUUGGUUGGCCAUGAUCUUGAAAAAAGGAAGGUCUAUUUCAAGCCAGCUGAUUGCUCCAAGCAGUAG